AUGGUGGCUUACUGGUUAGCACUGUUGCCUCACAGUGUGGAAAGGGUCCACACAUUCAGGUUUCUGGCAGUCCAGAUCUUCGAUGACCUCUCUUGGACAGGCUGCAUCUCAGCUGUCAUUAAGAAGGCCCAGCAGCAUCUACACUUCCUGAAAAUCCUCAAGAAGAACAACCUGGACAGCAAGCUGCUGCUGGUCUUCUACCUCUCAUCCAUUGAGAGCCUGCUGACGUAUUGUGUUUCCACAUGGUACGGAAGCUGCAAACAAAACGAGGCUUCAGAGGAUAGUCAAAGCAACACAGAGGAUUGUUGGCUGUCCUGUCCCCUCCAUGACAGACAUCUACACCACCUGGCGCCUCAGCAGAGCUCAGAACAUCAUCAAGGACAGUUCACAUCCCAGAUCCCAGCUCACUGUGCUGAAGUCCCAGGUAGCCUUCUGAUCAUGGUAGAACUGGGCUCCUGCUCGGUCAGCUCUCAGUCUCUGACCGGGGAUCACAAUGCUUUGGGGCCACUAAGGGACUCAAGACGGCCACAUUGUUCAGUGAGUGGUUUGGCUCCGACUAUGAAGUGCCCUAGCAGACAUCAGAUUAUCUAUCCACCCCCGGCAGACUAUGAGACAUGGCGGAAGCAUCGUGGAGGAUUGGCUGAUGAGCCAAGCUUGUUCUCCGGGACACAUUCCAUUCCGGAGUCCCAGAGUCUCUCAUCCAGUUUGGACACCCUCUAUCUGCCACACAUGUGUAGUCAUGCUUCACCGCUACCAAAAAAAUGUCUCUCUCUCAAUGUGGCCUUGUCUUAUGGAAGCGGCGAAGGACUGCAUGGGGUAUAUGGAGACAUGGCCAUUAGUCCAAAUGUGAUCAAGAGGCGCCGGGGCGGCCUGAUUGAGCAGAGGGACAUAAUCAAAGCCCAUCAGGCUCAUAAGAUCCAAAGUACACCGCAGGCAAGACGGAAAGAAUGGGAAAUGGCCCGGUUCGGAGACGAUGUCCCGGGAUUCUUGAGCUCAGGAGAUGGUGGGUCCGAGCGCAACCGCAACCGCGAUGGAGCGGCCAUGUCCACAGGCGGCAUCUCGCCGGCUUUCAAGCAGACCAAAGCGCAGCGAGCGCGCACAAUGGCCUUGUACAACCCCAUCCCGGUCAGGGAGAACUGCUUCACCGUCAACAGGUCCCUCUUCAUCUUCGGAGAGGACAACGUGGUCAGAAAGUACGCCAAGAAAAUCACAGAGUGGCCGCCAUUUGAGUACAUGAUCCUCGCCACCAUCAUCGCCAACUGUAUUGUUUUGGCUUUGGAGCAACACCUUCCUGGAGAGGACAAAACACCCAUGUCUAAGAGGCUGGAGAAGACAGAGCCCUACUUCAUAGGGAUGUUCUGUUUUGAAGCGGGGAUAAAGAUCAUUGCCCUGGGCUUUGUCUUCCAUAAAGGCUCUUACCUUAGGAACGGCUGGAACGUAAUGGACUUCAUUGUGGUCCUCAGUGGGUGA